GUUGAUAAUCCAUCUAUCAAGCUUUCUGAGCCCCUCUAGCUGUAUGCUAUUUUCACACACGUGUCGUUCGACACACAAGAUAUUGGGUACUAAAUCGACCAACGUCUGUCACAAGAACCAUGCCCAUUAUACUCGCUGGCAACACAUCAGCUAUCUCAGCUUGCUUUCGAGAGAUCUCCCUGAUUAUUGGGUCUGUGAAGCAUGUAUUACACUACAUAUUGUCGACGAACAGGACGUGCCAAGUGUACCAGGAAAAUUCACUUGCCCCCUCGGGUUGAGCCACUGGAAGGCACUUGUCUAUAACGAGCGGACUAGAGUAGAUUGUCGUUUUCUCGCCCUAGAGCAUCGGCAUGUUCAGCUCGCUCUGAAGUAUAUGCGCAUGAAGGACCCCAAAUACGAUGCUUAUCUCCAGGCACUACUAAAGCCGUACUAUGUUUCGCGGUUCCCUCCUUAUAUGAAUGAGUUCUGGUCGCAGCAAUAUUCAGCAUUCUCUUCCUUAUACGAAGCUAGUUACUCGGCCCAUCCCAAGAUCGUUUCCGAUCCCGAUGGCAAACUCAGAUUCUUGCUCUUAUCCACCUGGGUUUACAAGGCAGACCCGAACGUGGCUAUAUCAUGCAUGGCUAUAUCACGCAUGGCCAUGGGCGAAUUGGCCAUAUGCCCACACUGCCAGUUUCGCUCAGGCAGGAACUUCUAUUACAUCCGCGGAAAGGAACCUGCGCUCGAGGAUGCUCUUGGCAGCGCGCUCUUAAUGGUGCAUAAGUACCAAUGUGGGGGCAUGGAAAUGCCUACCGGCUCGUGCCCACGAUGUCCCACAGACUUUGCGCUACAAGCAACGACGCAUUCCGUCGAGAUUCAGGCCUGGCAAGAUAUGGGAACGGAGGGAUCACCGAGGGAUUUAUCCUGGAGAAUUCAUACCAUGGGCCUCAGCGCUCGAGAAAAUAGAGACUGCCUAGACGCUUCGGUCCCGCACACUCCGGGGAGCAUCCGAGAACGGUUCAACGCUGCGCAGGACCCUAAGCCACGACAGCUAUGCGUAUGGGGGCAUAUAACCGAUCAAAUCUACGAGUUUUAGGCAGGUUUAUUUACUGAGUGACCGCCAGUUGUCGAUGCGUCGGUUGACACCAGUCAACAGCUUUGAAGAUGAUAUAAUUCUGCAAAAUUCCCCUAGCACUCUGUCAGACUGUCUGGAUAUAACUACCGAAAAUAGCUGAUAUUCGAUAUAAGAAUACCGUGA